AUGAUACAGUCAGUCAUAACUCUUACCUUAAACGUGUCGCCACGUAUACGAAAGCGUAUAAUUCAUAGUGCUUAAAUUGUAGAGUGUGAUAAUCGGUUUUUGUUUGAGAAUUACAAUGCCGGGAUACAGAUGGGUCAGAUGGCCGACGCCUUAUCACGAACGUCAUAUGUUAAUCACCAUCGGCAGAGACAUGGACGGCAUGAAUCUUGUCGUUGGACGAGCCCAUCAUCAGGGUGACAUGUUGCCUGCGAAAGUAAAGCCGGAUCACGGCGUUGCUUACGUGUGCCACGGAGGUAACGAGCACGUAAAACACGACUUCGAGGUACUGAUGCCCGCCCAUUUCACCUGGGUUCAAUCGAGUCACGGUCAUGUACCGGAAAACGCGGUUGAAGGUGGCAGAACCUCGACCGGGGAAACGCUUUACGUCGGCCGUACUUUUCACAACGGCGCGCCUUGCGUAGGAAAGAUUCAGAGAAGUCACGGUGUUUUGUACGUUCCAUUUGACGGGAAGGAAAUACCACACAGGGAGUACGAGGUUUUGGUGCAAUAUUAAAUCCCGUUUACAAUAUUCUUGCGUGAGAAUAUUUCGAACAAACUUCUAAAACUAGAACCAUGAGAGAUUGUCAAAUAACGAGAUCAUCAUUUGCAAAAUACUGUGAAAACGUAAAAAUUCGCGUUCCUGAAAACAAAGACGGAACGCAAAUAUAUGAAUUAUCACGGAAAUAAAAGUUUUGCUAUCAAAAGCGGCUAGCAAAAAAGUGUUGAGAGUCUACUGAAUUUUUUUCUUACUGAAUGUUUCAUCAACAAAACAUUUUUGUUAACAAAUCGAAAAUCUCAAUAGACUUGGCAACGGUUUUUUUUUGCUGGUCGUAAAGUAACCAAUUACUUGCUAUUCUAACAAAUCAUUUUGUUUUCUGUGAUCAGGACGUUCUAUUGUGAUUUUUUAUUUAUAUAUAUAUGAGUGUAUUUGAAAUAAAGUAACAAACGAUGUGUUAUAUACAACUUAGAUGGAAAAUUAAAAAUUCAAGAUAAGCGAUAA